GUGAGAGGCUAAACCAUGCGACUUCCGGAUCAAGAAUUGAACGCAGAAAGAAAAAGAAGCGGUCGGACACAUUGGAGGAAAACAGACGAAGAUUUUUCAUCCGCUGCGAAAGACGUUUCAAAGUUUAUUCCCAAAAACCAAUUCACUUAUCUUCACUCAUCAGACUUCAUAAAACAAAAGAAACAUUGGGGACCAGUCACCCACGACCACUUUUCUCCCAGAGUGAAAUGUAAAAUACCAAAGGAACUGAAAAAAAUGGACAUUGUAUUUGUGGAAGAGAAAACAUCCCGAAUCCAGCAAUGGAAAGUGAAAGAAGGUUUUUUCCUCCCCGUUGGCCAUGUCAUAUUCUCGUACGUCGAACUGCUGGACGGUCAACCAGUCCCUGGAAUUAAGAGACUUAAAACCACGCAGUCCGGUGUCAUCAAGACCAUUCAUGCUAAAAAUGGACAAACCAUUUCCAAUGGCUGUGUGUUGGCCACCUUGGAGUCAUGCACUCAUCCCACGGUAAUGCGCGACAUGUGCGCUGAAUGUGGUAAAGAUUUGAGAAAAUCUGACGAGGCCGCCCCUUCCGCCGUUUCAAUGAUUCAUUCAGUCCCCGAUUUACGAAUUAGUAUGGAACAAGCUCAAAAGAUUGGUAAAAUAGACGAAGAACGAUUAUUGGGACAAAGGAAACUUGUUCUGCUCGUUGAUCUUGACCAAACCUUGAUUCACACUACCAAUGACAAUGUUCCCCAUAAUUUAAAGGAUGUGUUCCACUUUCAACUCUGGGGCCACGGUUCAGUUUGGUAUCACACACGACUUCGCCCCCGGACGAUAGAAUUUUUAGAAAGCGUGUCCAAAUUAUACGAGCUCCAUAUUUGUACAUUUGGGACACGGUCAUACGCUCACGUGAUCGCAAGUCAUUUGGAUUCACGUGGACAGUUCUUUUCCGAUCGAAUCCUCUCCAGAGACGAGUGUUUUAGUCAAAAUUCCAAAACUGCCAAUUUAAAAGAACUUUUUCCACGUGGUGACCACAUGGUGUGUAUAAUAGACGAUCGAGAGGACGUGUGGAAUUUUGCUCCCAACUUGAUCCAUGUGAAACCUUAUCAUUUUUUUCGUCAUACUGGUGAUAUAAAUGCUCCGCCUGGACUGACGAAACAAGAUGACGAUGACAAGACUGGUUUCACAUUUAACAAGGACGGGACGACGACAGUGCCCGAGUCGUUAUCAUCAGAAGCUAGUUCACCCGAGUCCAUGGACACAAAGUCCACAGAGUCGAGGGAAGAUUGUGAUACUAUAAAAGUACGUCGAGUCACAUCCGAUUUAUCGUUAAGCGACGAGGAAGACAGUGAACACAGUAAAACCAGUGACGAUGCUAUCGAAGGAGACAAAGAGGAAUCUUGUGAUGAGAAAAAGGACAACGUUGUUCUCGAGGAAGAAGAGUCGACAAAGAAACCGGAUGAUAAAAUGGAAACUGAUGAAUUUUCUCACCAAGUCGUGGGUGAAAAUAUCAAAGUCGAUCCUACGCCAAUUCACAAUACGACAGAAGAGGUUGAAGUAGAGGAUCAAGAUGAUUAUUUGCUAUAUUUAGAAGAAAUCCUCCAAUCCAUCCAUCAAGCUUUCUAUAGUUUAUACAACGACACCAAUGUCCCCGAUGUCAAAAAUGUCGUUCCUUAUGUUAGAAGGAAAGUUUUAAAGAACAUGAGCAUCGUGUUCAGCGGAGUCAUCCCGACUGAAGUUCCAGUAGCUGAACGUAAAAACACAAAAGCUUACUCCGUAGCUACAAGUUUAGGAGCCUACGUUUCUGAACGAAUAAUCCCCCCAAACAAGCCAUGUGGGUCUACUGAGAUCCCCACCACCCACGUUAUCGCUGCCCGUGUAGGAACUGCCAAAGUCAAUGAAGCAAGAAGAUACAAAGGAAUCCAUAUCGUCACUCCUGAUUGGCUUUGGUGUUGUUCUGAACGAUGGAAACUUGUGGAUGAGAGAUUAUUUCAAUUAUAUAAAAAAUCUAUCGUUAAUCGAUACCCGCCCGGGCAUCAUGCGUUUGCCAGGAGAGACGACCUUGCCUUCAAUGAUAAUGGUGCAGCAAAAAACGGUCAAAUCCAACAACAAAAAGGAGGAGGAGGAGUGGCUGCUGCGAGGAAAGAGAGGACGCCAAGUGGUCGUUUUAUGGACACAAUAAAUCCUUUGUUAUCAUUCUCAAUGGAUGAAAUAGAUUCGAUGGGUCAUGAAGUGGAUGAUAUUUUAAAUGAAUCUGAAUCCUCAUCAACUGAGGAGGAGGAUGAGGAGGCGGCGGAGGGAUCGUCAUCAGCUGGAGAUGUUUUUAAAGACAAGGUAUUGAAAAGAAGGACGAGUAACGAUAUGCUAGCAAAAAUGGAUGUAUCGGAUAAACUUGGUAAUAAUUCUUCGUCGUCUUCUACAAGUAAUUCAGGUUCCAGCUCCGAGAGUUCUACGGAAUCUGAAAUGUCAAAGAGCAGAAAGCGGAAACGGCAGAACAAGACUGAGACAGAAACUGAAGAUGAGCCAUUAAAUGUAAAAUUCCGUCGUGGUGAAGGGGUUCCGAGUGAAGUGGAGCAUUUAAUGUUGACCUCUGAGGAUGAUGGCACUCGUGAUCAGGAUGAAGAGUGGAUGGCUCAAGAACUGGAAAGGGAAUUCAUGGAUGAUGAUGAUUCUCAGUGAAUUAUUAAUAUUUUUAGGGUUUUAUAUAUACACAAAUUUCAUACUGGUGCAUGUGAGAGAAGGAUUUUUUUUUUUUAAUUUUAUUUUUGUGAUCAUUUUAAUGAAAUCCAGGUGAAAUUAAUGGAUAAUAAAAUUAAGAGUGACGGCAUGGUCAAUCUUGUUCCAUUUCCAAAAUAA